GCCGCGCCCCGGCCCGGGCAAGCGGAUCGCUGCGGUGCCGCCCCUGCUAACCCAGGACCCCUUUUCCCGUCCGUGCAGGCUCGCCCCGUGUCCCCGGAGGCGGCGGUAUGCGCCCUCCUCCCUCGGAGCGGCGGGGAGGCUUACAACCAAACACAAAGAUGUUCAUGUUAAAGAUGAAUCACUGGACAUGCUGGAUCAGGCUGACACAACGUUUAUUCUGAAUGAGGAACUCAGUGUAAGUCGCUUGAACUUGACAAGAAGAACCUAUAAUUAAACUAGAGAAGACAGAAAUUAGCAUGACCAAGGAGGAAGAAUUUGAAAGUAAGCACAAAGGCCAUGUUGAAAAAGGAAUUUGUUGAAUUCUGCUAAGUUGGUCUGGAAUCAGUUCCAAGUUUUCUCUUGAUGUGAGCACAGAAGUUCUUAAAAGUUAGGAACAAGCCAAUGGUACCUGCGGAUGAAACUGCAGUAUCACCAAUACUGAGAAUAAUCCAAACCAGAAUAAGUAUGGGGAUUGUUAUAACAUCUAGAUUUGCUAAUUAAGAAGUGCUGUAACGCCAGGUCAUGCAUUUAAACUAAUAAUUUCUAUGGUAAUUUGGAGUUCAACUUCAAGUGACAGCAGUGAAAGGAUUAGGGUGGUGCUCAGCCAUUGAAAAUGACAGACACCAAGAAGCAAACAAGAAAUUUCUAACAGGGAAGUAUUAUAUAUUCUUAUAUCCAUUGAUCUAUACACUGAUACAGGUAUGGUCUGUACCAACAAGAAAGACUGAAAAUAAGUUUAAAAUGGGCAGCUAAGUGAACAAAGCAUAAACAGGGCAGGAGAAGAGAGGAGAUGCAGCUUAAUAUGUUUAGUGUAGCAAAAGGAAGGCUGCUGCAUGAUGACUAUCUAUAACAGAAGAUGUAUAAAUACCAGGAAGAAUAUGAAGUGAAAUUUAAUAAGGACAAAGGGUAUUUAGGUGUAUUUAAAACAGAUUUUAAGAUGUGGUUGGUCAAAACAGGAAAGAACUGAAUUCAUGAUUCGGGAAACUCCCUCUGAAGUAAAGCUAGUGGAUACAGGGAACCAGAGGUGGCGACAAUGAAGUAGUGGCUGUUAAAUAUACCACAACUAGCAACACAAACUUCUUUCUCUAUUCAGAGAAAUGCAUAGCAUUAGCCUUUUUCUUCCAUCACGUGAAUUUAGGAUGUCAGACUGUAAUUGCUUUUUUUUUUUUUAGCCAACACAAUGCAGUUCGCAAGGACUUACUUUAGAUCUUAGUCUAAUCCUACAGUCACCAUUACUAGAAUUGUUCUGUGCAUCAUCAGUCCUAAGUACUUUACAGAUGUCAUAGGAAACCUGACUGUUGCAUCCUGCCUAUCCAUAAACUUCUCAUGAAGAAUCAUCUAAUUGUCAUCUGCAAACCCUGCAGCAUGACAGAGCAACAAGGAAGCUAAUUACCAUCAUGCAUCUGCGAUUUCCAUUGUGGUAUACAACUUUUGUUUCUACUGCUGAAACUGUAAUCAUUUAAGAAAUAUUGUGGUUUUAAUAAGGCAUUUCUAUUAGAGUUCGUCCAGCAAGUAUUUAUUUUGGUAAACUACACAGAGGACCUUCAUGUGCUUGUGGAUUUUACAUUCGCUUGCUCAAAGAGGCAACUAAGCACAAUCUUAUACUAGGAAGAUGUCAGAAAAAAAAAAGCAUGUCUGUAUGCUAAUUAAACUGCAGGUUAUCAGAGGUUACCAUGCUCAAUGAAAAGACAAUUAACAAAUAAUUAACAAUAAAAUUAAAAAAAUAAUAAUAACAAUAGCUUUGUCAAAACUAUUUGGAGAAAUGCAUCCUAAACAGAAAAGGAAGAAAUGCCCCUAAUAGAUCCAAGGACUCAGUGAUUUACAAAUAAUAGCAAAUUAGAGCUUGAAAUCCUUGAUGUUUCUUGACUCCCAAGCUUUUUCCACCAGGUUACUUAUGCAGUUUCAGGUUUUUAGAUGAGAUUCCCUACAGUGGAGCAAUAGAAGACCUUUAGGAUUUCUUGCCUAGAUUUUCAAACUUCAGAGAAGGCAAUGCCUCUUUCUUCAGCCUCCUAAGUAAUAAUGACACAGCACAGGCUUUACAAUCAAGCAAAAUGAUGCAUUACAAUGUGCUUGCAAUAUUGUCCUUCACAAGAGUGGCCACUGAAAUUUGAAAAUUCUGCAAAGCAAGGUUUUUAUUUGACUCACCCACUAACUGAAUGAAUGGAAUCAAAUAUAGCAUUUUUAAGAUGGCAACUGUUUUUCUACUCCGAUUCUUUGUAUUUGUCACUGUGAUGUCUAGCAUACAGCUGAACCUACAGAUUAUGGGCUCUUCUGACACGCCGGUUUUGCAGUGCAUCAUUCCACACGGGAAGAGACAGCUUCAAUCCCUCGUAACGCAUCAUCGUUCAUCUUCAGCUAUGAAAAAGAAGCCUAAAAAAAGGGACAUGUACUCAGCGCAGAGAAGAAAAUUUCACAACAGACAAGGCCAGUGAAGAUCAGUCACCAUUUUUGUGCAAGGUGGAUGGAGCAAGAAGGGACAGAAGAGGCCUUCCAUUCUUCCUUGAGUGGAAGGGAAGAAAUUGUCCUGAGUCACAGACGAUUCCUGUUCUUUUAAGGAGGAGGCCAGGGCAUACCUGUGGAGCUGUGGCUUCUCUUUCUGCAAGCUCUGCCAAAGGUAUGUGCUGUAACAGAACAGUUGCAUGUGAAAAGAAGCUGGAGUGGAAGUUACUGGUGGAGGAUCCCAUCCUUCUCAGCUGGGUCUGAAGAGUUUGUCGACUGUGAGAUAAACAAAAUCCAGAAGUGAAAAGGGCAAGUCCUUCUGCCACAAUGAGCUCUGAACACAAAGAAAUUGAUGUUGCAAAAACUGUUGUGAAUGGGCUUAGCAGCAAUGGACAGGACAAAGCUGUUGAUGUCCCUUUAUAUACACGCUCUAUUUCUGCCGUUAAAAUAAUCCCUGUGAAGAAAGUGAAAACUUCUCCUCACCUAGUGCUGCCUACAGAAAUGGAUCCCACUAGAGUCUGCAGCGGAAAAGGAGCUGUGACCCUCCGGGCAUCUCCAGCCUAUGAAGAGAAUCAGAAUCUCUCUUCACCGUGUCCUCAGGAUGCUGAGCAACCUGAAAGUCUGGAGCCAGAAAACACAGAAACAGAUGAUUGGAGGUCAUCAUCUACUACUGAUGCCAAUGGGGAUGCCCAACCGUCUUCUCUGGCUGCCAAGGGCUACAGGAGUGUGCGUCCAAACCUUUCCUCAGACAGCAAGCCACAGGCCCUUCCUCCUCCCCGUCCCCCUCUUCCCAAAGAGGAAAGCUUUGCAUGGCGUCCUCGCACUGACACUAAAGUGACCAACCUGCUGCCGGUGCCCAUCAUGGACUGCGUGUACCUGAAUGCGCCCAAGCCUUAUGCGCAGCGUGCAUCACCAAAUGCCAGUGCACGGACUUACUUCUCAUCACCCACCCCCUAUGGGGCAGUCCCCAGUGGGAAGCAAGGCUUGCCAGCAGGGCAUUUUUCUUCAGGUUCCAGAGAUGAGGUGCAUGCUGGGCAGCCACUCUCGGAAAGUUGCUCCUUGUCAAAUGCAUCAUCCAUACAACGCAGCUCUGACAGGGCAGAUCCCAGUAGUAAGGCUGGAAUGAAUUCCAGUCAUGAGACGAAGGCGGAUAAAAAGGUCACCAGACUAUAUGUAGCUUGUUUAUCUAACAACACUUGCUCGGCCGCAUCUGAAAAUUCCACUGGCACCACACAUGACCCAGCAGCCAGCACCAGUUUGGGUGCUGAGCUCACUCAGGCACCAGCCACCGAUAUUGUUUCCUCUGUACCGGGAAAAGCUCUUCCUGCUCCUUCUCCUCCUCCUAUUCCUCCCAGGCCGUACUUUUACAUUGUCCUCAAUAAAGACGCAGUUAGUUAUGGUGCGGGCCAGCCUUCCUGGACUCAGUCAUCACCUCCGCAAGCUUUGAGGGAGAAAGUGCUAGAGCCCCAGAGCACAGCUGCCGCAGAGGACAGAAUGAGAAAAGAGCCUUACCUUACUCAGCAGCGGCAGCCGCCGUACAAGGCAAUGGGACGCAGCAUGGAUGCCACUGCCACCACCACAACUCAGCCUGGAGUUAUAGUAGUCCCCCUCCUCCAGGUUAAUCCAGACAGACAGCAAGAAGGCAGCUCCAGCACUCCACCACCGCCUCUGGUUCCUUUCGGGCAAGGCUCCGUAUUCCCUGAGACUGUUUCUCCUGGCACACCCUUGACUUUUCCGACUUUAGAUGAUUUCAUUCCCCCACAUCUCCAGAGGGGUCUCCACCAUAACAAAGCACCCUCUCCAUCUGACACAUUGCCCUCUGCUUACCCGAAACUGCCAUUCUUCUCAUCACCACCUUCACUUGUCCCUCCGGUAACGGGGGCUUUGCACAGGGGCUUGAAGCCUGAAAUCACUGGAGUCAUCUCACGUACAGACCCAGGUCCUGUGCUAAAUGAAGUGUCCCAGCCUAGCACUGGCACUGACUACUCAACCUCCUUCACGUCAAUCAACAAGUCAUCAUCUGCCUAUCCCUCUACCACAAUCGUCAAUCCCACUAUUGUCCUCUUGCAGCACAAUCGAGAACAGCAAAAAAGGCUUAGUAGCCUGGCAGAUUCAGUGCCAGACAGACUAGUUUCUGAUAAAGUAGAUUUGGGACUCACACGGGACAAGCCAGUUCAGGAGAUAGCGCCAAGUGAAAAGAGGGCAAUGGAGGAGAAGAGAAGAAUUGUCAGGAGCCCUCAGCACAUGCCUGAUACCUCCAUUGAUGAUAUUGGCAUUCCACUGAGGAAUACAGACAGAUCGAAGGACUGGUACAAGACGAUGUUCAAACAGAUCCACAAGCUAAACAGAGACACUCCUGAAGAAAACCCUUAUUGCCCUACCUACAUAUUUCCUGAACUUCCUGAAAUCCAGCAAAAACCUGAAGAAGACAAUCCUUAUUCUCCUACAUACCAGUUUCCUGCGUCUACUCCUAGCCCUAUCUCUGAAGAUGAAGAUUCUGAUUCAUACUCCCCUCGUUACUCCUAUUCUGAUGAUACCAGAAGCCAGCCUUCAGUUCCCCGCUCCAAGAGUGAGAUGGACAAUAUUGACUCGGAGAAGGUGUUUAAGAGGUCUGCCACUUUGCCAUUGCCAAACCGUUCUUCAUCACGGAAGUCAAGCCCAGAAAGGACUGACUGGGAGCCUCCAGACAAGAAGGUGGACACUAGAAAAUACCGUGCGGAGCCCAGGAGCAUUUAUGACUAUCAGCCAGGAAAGUCCUCAGUUCUGAACAGCGAAAAGAUGACUCGGGAUAUAAGCCCAGAAGAGAUAGAUUUAAAGAAUGAACCUUGGUAUAAAUUCUUUUCGGAAUUGGAGUUUGGGAAACCGCCUCCAAAAAAGAUUUGGGAUUAUACUCCUGGAGAUUGCUCUAUCCUUACUAGAGAGGAUAGAAAGACUGAUCUAGAAAAAGACCUCUACCUCUACCAGACUGAGUUAGAGGCAGAUUUAGAAAAAAUGGAGAAGCUUUAUAAAGUGCCACAUAAAAAGCCACAGAAGAAUACAGCAGGUGUUACUCCUCUGGAAACUUCCACAGACCAUUCUUCCUACUCCACGUAUUCUCCCAGCUACCACGCAGCGAAGAGGGAGACAGAAUCAGCACCAGGGGACUUUGCUGGCUUGGAGAAUGAAAGACAGAUUUACAAGAGUGUGCUGGAAGGUGGAGAUAUCCCGUUCCAGGGGCUGAGUGGUCUCAAGCGACCUUCUAGCUCUGCUUCCACAAAAGUGGAUCGUAAAGGUGGGAAUGCUCAUAUGACUGCACCCUCUUCAGUUAAUAGCCGAACCUUUAACGCUAGUCAUACCGGUAUGUUAGGUCACUCAUGUAAAAAUAAGAAGCCCUUAUCAGCUGCAAAAGCCUGCAUUACUGAAAUCCUCCCUUCCAAAUUCAAACCCAAACUAGCAGCUCCAGCUGCUCUUGUGCAGGACAAGAAGGGUAUCUUGCUAUCUCAUGAGAAAGCUCAAAGCUGCGAAAACCUUCGUAGCUCCAUUGCCUUGUUUGAUAAUAAAAAAGCUUUUAUGGUAGACAUAGGGGAAAGCAUAGAAGACAUGUUGAUGAAGUCGAAGCAGGAGUAUGCCAUCAAAUCUGGCAGUACUAUGAGCCUACAGGAGUAUGGCACCAACUCUAGGAAAGGCUACCUGUUCCCUGCCUCCAGGAAGAGCGGGAUGGAGUUCACAAUGCUGUAUAAAGACAUGCACCAGAUCAACCGGUCCAGGAUCAAUUUGAGCACAGUCUCCUCCUGCAGCGUGAGAGACAUCGCGUCUCAGUUUGAGAAUGAAGCAAAGGACAGGAUGGAGCACAGCCUUAGUCGAGAGGAUUCAGAGCAGAUCCCCAAACACACCGUUUCCUCCCGUAUCAGUGCCUUUGAGCAGCUGAUCCAGAGAUCCCGAUCAAUGCCCGCACUUGAUUUUUCUACCGGACCAAGCAAGUUCACCACUUCUCUCCAAUCUAAAACUUGUCUGAGUUCUGCCUACUCCGCAGAGUUUCUUCUGGAUUUGCCAAAAACACACCGAGAAGAGAAGGAUGCCACCAGCUUGGCAGACAAAUCCUCCCGCUCCUGCAGCAAUGUGGAGGACACAGCUUCGGAUGUCAGUGAUGCUAUCCCUAUGGACACACUUUCAGUUUGCACAGAUGAGAUAGAUCUCCUCUCAAAUGCAUCCAAUGACAGUGGUGGCAGCAGCAGCAACCUCAACGGACCUCAGAAGCAUAAAAUCAACAGGUGCAAAGGCACAUGCCCAGCUUCCUACACCAGGUUCACUACCAUCCGAAGGCAUGAGCAGCAGCAGGCCUCCAGGAACCCUGAUUCCAAAGGGGAUAUCUUUGGGGACAGACACACACUCCCCAGAAAUGUCUACCUGAUGAGCCCACUCCCCUUCCGAUUGAAAAAACCCUUCCAACACAAGUCCAGCAGGACUCCACCCCCAGGCUGCCUGGAAACCCAAGCAAUGCCCAGGCCCGACAGCCCAGAUGACCCCAUACAGCUGCAGGGGAGCACAGGAGAUGAGAGUCACCACUCCCAGCACAGACUGUGCUCCAGAAGCAGGCCGCUGGCUCCCAGGCGCCUGUCUUCCUUUGACAUUGUGGAGAGGCUUAGCUAUUUCCCCACCAGGGGAUCUAGCCGAGAUAGCUCCAUGGGCCGGUCUGGUACUCCUGACUCCUUACACAAUGGGAACCCAGUCCCAUACGCUCUAUAUCACAGCUUGGACACAAACAACAACCCGCAAAGUGAACUUGGGACGUACCUAGGAGAUUCAGAAUCACCAAGGCAUUUUGCACCAUUUGAUUACAUGGAAACUCCCGAAGAAAUUCUCCGCAGACGCUAUGAUGAUAAAGAGAAACUUUUAGAGGACCAGAGACGGCUUAAACGUGAGCAAGAAGAAGCUGAUAUUGCAGCUAGAAGGCACACAGGGGUUAUUCCAACGCACCAUCAGUUUAUCACUAAUGAACGAUUUGGGGACCUCCUAAAUGUAGACGAUACAGCAAAGAGGAAAUCUGGGUCAGAGAUGAGACCUGCUAGAGCCAAGUUUGACUUUAAAGCGCAGACGCUGAAGGAACUUCCUCUGCAAAAAGGAGAUAUUGUUUACAUUUACAAGCAGAUUGACCAGAACUGGUAUGAAGGUGAACACCAUGGCAGAGUUGGCAUCUUCCCACGAUCAUACAUAGAGCUCCUUCCACCAGCUGAGAAAGCUCAGCCCAAAAAGCCAUCACCAUUGCAAGUAUUGGAAUAUGGAGAUGCCAUUGCUAAGUUCAACUUCAAUGGGGACACCCAAGUGGAAAUGUCCUUCAGAAAGGGUGAAAGGAUCACAUUGAUUCGACGAGUGGAUGAGAAUUGGUAUGAAGGAAGAAUCCCUGGCACCAGUCGCCAAGGCAUCUUCCCCGUCACUUACGUGGAAGUACUCAAACGGCCAGUGGUCAAGAAUGCCAUUGAUUAUCCAGACCCACCUAUGUCCCUCUCCCCUAACCGCAGCAUGACAGCUUCACCACAGUCUCCCAGCUCUGAGCUGCUCCAUACACCAACUCCUCCGCCUUUGCCUUUCGCACGCCGCGCCUUAUCUCCAGAGGUGCAGGCGGUCACAUCCGAGUGGAUUGCUCUGACCGUGGGAGUGUCUCCUAGCACCACUCCUGCCAUAACUCCUCCAUUGCCUCCUCCGCCUGAAGCCUCCCUCCCUCACACUGACUCUCUCGCGCCUUCUGCUGCAGCCAGCCCUUCCCCCUCGGUCAGCCUCCACCACUCUCAUCUCUCGGGCUCCUCGACUCCCAGGUCCAUUAAAUCCCCAUUGCCCUCUUAUUCAUCCAGGCCUCAGUCCUCCGCUCGCAGUUCCUAUCAGGCCACUCCGCAGAGCGAAGAAAAGUUUGUUGGCUCCCCGUCUCCCGGCGCGAGCUACUCUAACUCCCCUCGCUGGGCAGGUGGGAGCCCUGAAAGCGUCCUCGCAGAGCAGCGUGGCACCCCUGGCAGCCAAGCCUGGCUCCAGAAGACCAGAGAGGGCAGCAGUAACCCCGAGCAGGGUUCCUAUGCUGGCCCCAAGAUCUCUGUUGAGCGCUGCCUGAAACCGUCCCAGCUAGACAUGCGUGUGAGCCCAGAAAAGAGACCUCUGAGUUCCUAUGAGGACAACCAGUUGUGUCAGGAGCUAAUGGCUAUUGUGCAGGGAGGUAAAGCAGAGAAAAGAGGCGUGAGGAAAGGUGAUCUGGGAAAGUUUCAAAGCGGGGAAAAUAAGACUGCAGACUCAAAAGCAUUCUCUUCAUCUGCUCCUCUCUCUUCCUCUGCCCUCUCUUCCUCUACUGUCACAACACAGCCACCUCCCAGACAUACACGCAGAGUCAAUAAGCCACAGCCUUCCCACCAUUCAUUGAGAGCUGGACCAGAUCUCACAGAGUCUGAAAAGAGCUAUGUGCAACCUCAAGCACAGCAGCAAGGAGCCAGCCCUGACAGAAGUCAUACACCACGAGACAUAGUUAGCUACCAAGCCCUCUACAGCUACACUCCUCAGAACGAUGAUGAGCUGGAACUGAGGGAUGGUGAUAUUGUCGAUGUCAUGGAGAAAUGUGAUGAUGGCUGGUUUGUGGGUACGUCCAGGAGAACAAGGCAAUUCGGCACCUUCCCAGGCAACUACGUGAAGCUUCUGUACCUGUAAAGUAACAGCGAUCCCACAGUCACAAAGAUGGGGUUGUUUUCCAGGUGGUGUUUUUAAUCAGCAAUGAAAGAGACAAUUUAUGAAUGUAAUAGACAGGAGACAAAGUGUUAGGAGGAUGUGGUUAUGUGGUACAGUAUUGAGUUGAAUGUGCAGCCCUGCUUCCACUGAUUCAGGGUAUGAUUUGUUUGCUGAAGAAGAGACAGUUUCUAGUUUACAGUGCUGCCUUUGUGUAUUCUUCUCCCCUCCCCAGCAAGAGUUCUGGUGAUAAUCUUAAUUUGUAUGGAGUACUUUACCUCUGAGAAGGCUUCAGGGAAGCAAAUGGUAUGGGUUUUGUUUGUGUGUUGAGAAAUGAUAGUGCUUUUGGAAAGUACGCAGCCUUGCAGCUGCUCCCUUUCACUGGCAAGGUUCAGGAAGGCCAGGCUUUCUGCCUUGCUGGAGACUUACUCUGCUCUGCCUUCCAUUUCCACAGAAAACCUUUCCUUCAUGUCAUGCACCUUAAGACCCAGCACAGGCAGAGGAUAGUUGGUAUGGUUUAACUGCAGAGCUCUGAGUGGAAAAGGAGUUUGGGACUGGUAUUUAAUCCGGAGGGGUCAGCCAAAACAUACUGCAAAUGCGCAAAAAGCCCAAACCCCUUCAUAUACGUAACAUAUUACCUACUUCUGCAGGGUUUUUUUCUUUUGUGCAGGGUGUGUGUGUGCGAGUGUAUUGUGUGCAUCAAAACAAACCUUUUUUAAAGAGAAAUCAGCCUGUUUUUGAAAUUUAUCUGCACAAAGACUAGAACCAAUAAACAAAACGUCAGUGAGAGCAAAUCCUGCUUCUGAGUCCUAUGGCUGGUCACUUUCUCGGCUUCUCCUGUCCUGUUGGUAGCCCUAGAGGAUUUGAAGCAUGCUAUUUGGGAUGAAGACUUUGCUUUUUUCCUGGCAUUAAAUCUUAGUGGCGUUGAUAAAUCUGAGCAACGUGUCAUUGAGGGUGCCUUUUUUUGGGGGUGGGGGUGGGAGGGAGGUGGUUGACAACGUUGAUGCUAGAUCUCUGAUAAAUACACGCAUUUUGGCCGCCUCUUAGUCAGACAAAAAAAGUCUAAUCCAUUUGGAAAGCUGUGUUUCCAACGGUUAUUACCAGUUACAGAGAUUUGUAUUUCCUUGAGAAAAAAAAAAACAAACAUGGCUUGCCUGUGUGCUUGCCUGUAAACCCACUAAGAAUACUCUUUUGAUAGACAUUUUGUUAUUAAGAAAAAGCAUAAACAAAACCAGUUCUCUCAGACUCUGCUUCCUACAGUUACCAUACAAAUAGCAAAGGGUUAGAUUGCUAUUUUGUCAUAAGCCGUAUUUAAUAAUAUAAAAUGCCUAUUUUUAUGCUGAUGCUUUUAUACAGAUUUAUUAAGAAUAACUACAACUAACUGUUAGCACGACUUGCAAUAUGUUUUGAUAAAUUAGCCAUGCUCCUGGGUUUAAAAUCAAGUAGGCUUGUCUUCCGCCUAGGUCAGCGGAAGAGAAGACUCGGUGUCUCAGAAGUUUGACUGUAAAUAUGUAUAUUUAACUUUGUACAGACAAUGUACUUACCUUGUAUAGAAAAAUAAUUUAAACACAUUGAGCGAAGGGAGGAAACGAAAGGCAGUUGUGAAAGGUUGGGAUUUUUUCCACUUUUAUUUAAAUGAUGGAAUUCCAUGUGUGUUCACAUAGAGUUUUAGCACAAAAUAUCCACUAUGAAAAGGUUUCAAAUAUGACACAAAGUACCACUGUUUUGUUUUUUUUCUACAGGACAUAUCAUUAAUCCUGCAUCUUAUUUAUGGGUUUGUUUUUCUGCUUUGGGUUUGUCCUCCAGUUAUUUGCAGCAAUAUUUAGACCUGUUGUUAAGAUUGGAUAACACCAAAUUAAUCUAUCCAGCAAGUUAACACGAUGAUACUGACUGUAUAUAACCUACUCAUGUAAAGGUUUAUUUUCUGUUCUUGCUCUUGCCAUUUUAAGUUGCGCACACACACGCGCGCACACACACACACCCCACAACUUAUUUUUGUGUUGAUUUUUGUUUCUUAUUGCAGUGGAUUACUAUUUGAUGAUUAAUAAAUGGAAGUAUUGAAUUAC